AAAGAUAUCAGACCUGUUUGAUCGUAUUGACAGCAUGAAGAUUGAACCAUAUUCGCUUCAGAUGCACAUAAGAGCUCCGGAGAAGAGAGUCAGACAUGAACUAGAGGAGCAACUGAGAGUGAGAGAUAAUGAAGUCAAAGAGUUACAGAAGAAGAUCAAGACACUGGAGGGUGUGAAGCUGAAUCUGGUUGUGUGUGGGAGUAACAGAGAAUUAAAAUCCUUCACAUCAAACCUGAUCCUGAAUCAGAGCGAGAGAAGAUCAGAGCUGAGCUCAGAGUGUGUGAGGAGAGACGUGGAGCUUGAUGGACGUCUGAUCAGUCUGGUGGAGCUUCCAGCUUCGUUCAACACUCAGCUCUCAGAGGAGGAAGUGAUGCGUCAGACUCACCGCUGUGUGUCUCUCUGUCAUCCUGGAGUUCAUGUGUUCAUCAUCAUCAUUCCUGAUGCUCCACUGACUGAUGAAGACAAAGCAGAAAUGGAGGAGAUCCAGAGGAUCUUCAGCUCAAGAAUCAACAAACACAUCAUGAUCCUCAUAAAGCAGAACCCAGAGAGACAGACAGAAAAUCUAAAUGAAAAAACACAGUCUGUCAUUGAGAGAUUUGGAGGAAGACAUCAUUUAAUUGGGCAUAAAUCACAAGUGUCUGUGUUGAUGGAGAAAUUAAAGCAGAUGGUUGAGGAAAAUAGUGGUGAUUGUUUCUCCACAGAGACACUGAUGGAGACACAGAUGGAAAAAAAAUGCUGAAAUUUAAAGAAAUGAAAAGGAGAAUUUAUCCCUUAGAGACAUGGUUUCAAUCACAAGAUUCAAGAGACAGAGAAUAUGAACUGAGGAUUGUGCUGCUGGGAAAAACUGGAGUUGGGAAGAGUUCAACUGGAAACACCAUCUUAGGAAGAGUCACGUUUGAAGCUGAAGCAGCUCAUGAGUCUAUUACUAAAGAGUGUCACAGAGAGUCAGCUGAAAUCAAUGGCAGACACAUUACUGUGAUCGACACUCCAGGACUGUUUGAUACUGAACUCAGUAAUGAAAAAAUCCAGAGAGAAAUCAGCAACUGCAUCCCCAUGAUCCUGCCUGGACCACAUGUGUUCAUCAUUGUGCUUAAUUUAGGACAACGAUUCACUCAGGAGGAGGAAAAAUCAGUGGAGAUCAUCCAAGAGACGUUUGGUGAAAACUCUUUAAAGUACACGAUGGUGCUCUUCACCAGAGGAGAUGAUCUGAAUGACAAAACUAUUGAACAGUAUCUUGGAAAAUCUGUAUCUGCUUUAAAACAGCUGAUUGAUGUGUGUGAAAACAGAUACCAUGUAUUCAAUAAUAAAGAGACUGGAGACCGAACACAGGUGACUGAUCUACUGCAGAAGAUAGACGACAUGGUGAAAGAGAACGGAGGGAGUUACUACUCAUGUAAGAUGUUCAGAGAGAUGGAAAGAGAAUUACAAGAACAACAGAAGAACAUACUGAUGGAGAAAGUGGAGCAAGUGGUCAGAGAAAAAGAAGAACUGAUGAACAAACAUGAAGAAGAGAAAAAAAGAGAGGAACAAGAGAGAAAGAUACGAGAGGAGCUGAGGAGAGAACGAGAGGAAUGGGAGAAACAGAGACAACAGGAAAGACAAAGAAGAGAAGAAGAGGAGGAGAAAUGGAGAAAGAAAGAGCAGGCAACAUGGGAUGAAUGUAAUCAGAAAAUUAAAUUGGUAGAAGAGAGAAUGCAAAGAGAGAAAGAAGUUUUUCUGUCCAAACACAAAGAAGAAAGAGAGAGAAUGAUGAUGAUGAUGGAUGAAGAAAGACGGAAUCAUGAAGAAGAAAGAAAUAGAAGAGAAGAAGUGGAUGAGAGAAGGAGAAAGAUAGAAAGGGAAACAUGGGAUGAAUAUUAUCAGAAACUUAAACGAGAGAGAGAAAGAAGAUACAGAGAGAAAAAAGAUCUUCAGAUCAAACAUGAAGAAGAGAGAAAAAGAAUGAAGAAGAUGAUGGAGAAAGAGAGACAGAAUCAUGACAAAGAGACAAAGAGAAGAGAAGAUGAAUAUAUAAAUGCUGAAGAACAAUAUAAAAGAGAUAUUAAAUACAUAGAGGAACAAGAGAGAAAGAUACGAGAGGAGCUGAAGAGAGAACAAAAGGAAUGGGAGAAACAGAAACAACAGGAACGACAAAGAAGAGAAAAAGAGGAGAAUGAAAUGCAUAAAUUUAAUGAACUUCAUAUGGAAACUCCUGAAGUUCAGCACACAAACAAUGAUGAAGAUUCACCAUCAGAUGCAGGAUGUUUGAGAAUCUUGCUCUUUGGGAGGACAGGAAGUGGAAAGUCUGCAACAGGAAACACUAUCCUCGGAAACUAUGAGUUCCACAGUGAAGCCAGUUCACGUUUGGUGACCACUGUUUGUCAGAAGAGAGUUGGUGAAGUUGAUGGUCGAUCAGUAGCUGUUAUUGAUACUCCAGGACUCUUUGACACAACACUGACAAAAGAACAAGUGCAGGAAGAAAUAAUGAAGUGUAUUUCACUGUCAGCACCUGGACCACAUGCGAUCAUCAUUGUGCUGAGUGUGGAAAAAAUCACACCAGAGGAGAAAGACACUUUAGACAUGAUCAAGAUGAUCUUUGGCUUAAAAGCAGCAGAUUUCUGCAUUGUUCUCUUCACUAGAGGAGAUGAUCUGAAAAAACAAACAAUAGAGCAAUACGCAGAGAAAAGUAAAAAUGCUGAACUCAAGACACUGAUGGCAGAUUGUGGAAACAGAUUCCUGGUUUUUAACAACAAAGAAACACAAGAUCAGACACAAGUUACUGAUCUGUUAGAUAUGAUAGAAGAGAUUAAGUCUAAUCAGUGCCAAUGUUUCACUAAUGAGAUGUUUGAAAAGGGAGUGAUCUCCACUGAACAGAAAAUGGAAAUGCUAGAAGAGAAUAAAAGAAAAAAUCUGUUUCAAGUUGAAGAAUUAAAAGCCAAAUAUGACAAGAAAAUUAGAAGCAUGGGAGAGAGACUGGAAGAGAAGAAACAAAGGAAAGAUGAGGAAAGAGAGAGACUGAAGAACAAGUUCAGAGAACAAGAGGAAACUCUCAGGAGAGAGUUUGAGGAGAAAGAAAAAUCAGAUCAGGAGGAACAAGAGAUGAAGGAGCAUCAGAGACGAUCAGAAGAAGAGGAAAAAAAACAAAGAGCUGAAUAUGAUCAAAUAAUAGAGGAGAUGAAGAGAGAGAUGGAAAAUCAGAGAAUACAGUAUGAAAAACAGCUAAAAGAAAGAGAAGAAGAAGAUGGAAAGAGAGAAGAAGAAUAUAAACAAGAUCAAGAAAAUAUGAAAAAUAAUCAUGAACACAUCAUGACAGAGUUAAGAAAAAAACAGGAAGAAGAAAUAAAAAAGAGAGAUUUAGAGGAACAAAAAAGGAAGGAACAAGAAGAGAAAGAGAGAGAAGAAUGGAAGAGAAAAAUAAAAGAGGCUGAAAAUGACAAAGAGACUCAAGAGGAAAUUAAACGACAGCAAAGAGAAUGGGAGGAUGAGAAGGAACGACAGAUGAGAGAACGAGAGGAAGAGGAAAGAGAGAGAAAAGAGAGACACGAGAAACAGCUGAGAAAAAAACAAGAAGAACUGGAGAAUAAGAGAAAGGAUUAUGAAAGAGAGAAAGAAAGAGAAUAUGAAGAGAAUAUAAAUGAAAUGGAGAGACAUUAUGAGCAGCUGGAGCGAGAGAGAAAAGACGAGUGGAAGAAAAGAAAACAAGAGGAUGAAAAGAGACGAGUGGAGAAGAGAAAGAGAUGGGAGAAAAUGAUGGAAGACCUGAAACAAGAGCAUGAGGAGGAGAUCAACAGAAGAGAAAGAGAGGAGACAGAAAGAAUAGUCAGAGAAGAAAAAGAGUGUGAUGAAAUGAAACAGAAACAUAAAGAACAAAUAGAGAAGAUGAAGAAGAAACAUGAAGAUGAAGCCAGAAAACAAGAAAAAGAAUUUAUACAUUUAAGAAAGGGAAAAGAACAGCAGGUUCAGGAGCUCAAGGAGAGAUUUGAACAACUAUAUGAAAUGAAAAGGUUAAGAAAGGAACUAAAAGAUAAAUGGUUAUGUCAUGUCAUGUGAAACAUUUUUAAUAUACUGUAUAUAGAUGAGUAAAGGUCAACUGAUUUUACCAAUACUGAUAACUAGGUUGCAACACACUGGCCGAUAAAUGAUUAAUCAACCGAUAGUUUUAAAAUGGUAACUGGAUGUGUGAAGGGAUUUAAAGUUUGGCAGUAAGCCAGGCGAAUAUUUGGCCUCCCUGGUGAAAAAGAGGGCUGACUCACUAAACAUGUUUCAGACUACUCAGUUCACAUUAGUUAGUUGGGUUAGGCAUUGCAUCAUUCAACUUAAGAAUGGAACACACUACACAAUUUUUGCCCCAAUUUUCCUGCCAAUUUACAGUCUGGAUAAGUUGACUCUAGUUGCCGAAAAUCAGAGUCAGUCUACAGACGGGAGUUGACAGAUUCCAUUGAAAAUCGCAUGUAUGAUGGUUAAAGACUCUGAUUUUUUUUGCUUCAGACUUUGAUUCCAUCCAAUCGAAGGAUAUCAAAAAUGUUUGAUAUAUUCAGCCGAUUUUACAACACAUUGUUUUCAUUUCUCAUGGAUCUCAACAACAAGGCGCAUGUUUCUGCAUGAGUUUGUUGUGAUCAGAACAACUUAAAUGUCUGGUAGUGUGUGAUCCUCAAUCAUGUAGUGUAUGAUGGACAGUUUUUCUAUUAUUUUACUAUUUACUAAGUCGGUAAAAAUCUGUGUUUUAAAAAUCUGUUCAGAUUUUAAAAGUUGUGUAGUGUAUUCCAGCCUUUAGGUGAUGGUUUACCCAUCUCUCUGGCCUAUCUCCCAUUUGUUUUAGAUAUUAAAGGGGUCAUAUGACAUUGCUAAAAAUAACAUUAUUAUGUGUAUUUGUUU